AUGAAUUCUCAAACCAAACUACCCUCGGGGUCAUUGGUUAUCGACUUCAUCGCCAACUCACCCUUCGAGAUAGCCGCACUCGUUUUCUCCCAUAUUGAUAAUAUCGACAUCAAAAACCUUCGAUUGAGUUGCAAGAAGCUUGCCAAUCUCGCUAGCCCUCACCUUCGCUUCAAGCGCGUCUUCAUAGGCGCCAGCCCCUUGAACGUGGAGGUGUUCCGCGCGGUCGCAGAGCACGAGACGUUCCGCCACGACGUGCGCGAGAUCGUCUGGGACGAAUCUCGCUACGAAACUCCAGACUCUCGGGAUCGCAGGUAUCAAGGCGACUGGGACCUCCUUAAUGAAGGUUCCGAACAUUCGAGCGAUGAAGAAAAUGACGAAGAAGACAAUGAAGAUAGGCCAUGGAUCAAGUAUCCACGUGGUCUUCCUUUCUGGUUUUACAGAUGUUAUCAUGCCACCAUCGAGAACUUGGAAGACAGACGUCAGGAGGAUGUCAAGACUUUGCCGCAACAUCUCGAGACAUCGAAACAGCUUGCCACCGGGAUGCCUAUCCAAGACGCCUACGCACAUUACCUGAAGCUACUUAAAGAGCAAGAACAAGUGCUGUCGAAUACUUCGGCUGAUGCAGUCGCUUUCGAAUGGGCUUUGAACAAUGACAGAUUUCCUAACCUGAAGAGAGUCACUCUCACACCCGCAGCACAUGGCAUGCUUUUCAACCCGUUGUAUCCAACUCCUGCUAUUCGUGCUCUUCCGGACGGUUUUAUCUAUCCGCUUCCUCGUGGUUGGCCAACUCCUUUGCACGGAGAGGAGUUCGACGGUUGGGAUUGGAAUGAUAAGAUCGUGAAGACAUUCCCAGUGGGGCACCCAAAAGAGACGUACAUGGAGGUGAAGGACAAAUGGCGUGGCUUUCGCCAUGUCGUCAGAGUUCUCGCGCAGCCGACAAGCACAGGUAUCACGGAACUCAUUUUUGACGGCAAUCAGAUCAGCACUGGGCUUCCGUGUGCUAUCUUCAAUUCACCAGAACCUGAAGUUGAUGCCGUUGAAUACGAAAACCUUAUUGCCAUUAUCAAAAACCCAGGCUUCACGACGCUUAAGCUUAACCUCAUGAUGGACGAUCAGGGUUACAUUGGCUACGGUGCUUUUCGCAACGGACGCCUGAAGCAGGCCUUGGAAGCUGCCAGUGAUUUGCGAUACUUUAUUUUGGAGACCGACCAAGAAGACAACCCUGAAGAACUGUGGCGCGCCCAAAGUUCAACCAUCGAUCACUUUAUCCCUCUGCGAUCAAUUUUCCCCAUCGAGACGUGGAAGAACCUAUCCCAUUUUGGACUUUCGCGUUUUCUCGUUAAGCAGGAAGACUUACUGGACUUUCUUACUACCCUCCCGCAAACCUUACGGUCGGUCGAGCUCAGCUUCCUAUGGUUCGCGAAAGACAGUGGCAACUAUAGAGAGCUCCUCUUUGGCAUUCGCGACACUUUAGACUGGCAGAGGCGGGCGACACGACCUCGACUACUUAUUCGAGAUGAGGGUGAAUUCCAAGCGUUACCAGGGCGUGCCGUCUGGCUUGAGGAUGACUUGGACGAGUUUCUUUACAGCAACGGCGAGAAUCCUUACGUACUUCCUUCAGCAUUGCCGCAGAUUAUGUCGUUUAUGCCACAUGCACCGGAAGGCUUGCUCCCGACUCCGACAGUAGGCUAUGGGUUUGGAAGGCACAAGGAUGCAUUCGAGCCAAGAUUUGAACGGCCAUAUGAGUCGGUUGCCGAGCUUACGUGA